AAGGGAUGUCUUAAAAUUGUUGACAGGACACCUCGAACUGCACAAAAGGUCAAUUAUGAAUCUUUCUUGGAUGAAUUUUUGAUCCAUGGAGAUUUAUAUUUGUAAUACUUUCCUCAAGCCGAGAAAAGUGAUUUAAAAUCAUCACAAUGUAAAGUCUAUGGGCCGGCCAGAGAAACACCAUCGCGCAUAUUCAGUGGGCCACACAACACGGAAGCAAAACUGGAAGCUAGAAACUUUUUUUGGCGUAUGCACUAGGUGAUCAAUUCUUAUUAGACUGAAUGACCACCAUUUUCAUUCCAGUAUCCAGCUUCAUGAGGUGUAUUCAUUUUCUUUCACACUGGUUCUUUAAACUGUUAAAUAUAUUGUGCAUGGGGCAGCAUUUUCGAUCACAUCCGUGUGUUUGAUUAGUAAAACCUCGAUUGGGAGCGGGCAGGGAGCCUGGGUGAAAGUGCUACCUGCGAGUCUGCGGUGAGGGCAGAAAAGACUCAGUGAAGCCGGGAAGAUAGAGCAGAUGUAUAAUAGACGGAGAGAGUAUCAGACUUCCUGGUUGGCUCCGCGUUUUGUUGACACACUGCCCGCAGAGCUUUCUGGAUCUGACAGAGAAGGAAGUAGGUAGGCAACGGCCUGCUAUAGAGAUCGGUCUCCAGCUGUAGUUAGCAUAUGAACGAGCGAAUUAACACCCGGUCGAAACCGGGGCGUCGGCAGUGAAAGCGGGAGCUGAGCCGCGGAGCUGCGGGGAGCAGCUGACCGCACAUCCGACACGUUAGCUUGGAUUAAAACAGACGGAGUGGCGGAGGAGACACUCAGUCUCAGUGAGGUGUGUUUUAACUUAGCUUAGUUUUAACUUUAGCUCGAAACUACGUGAGGACUUCCAAGAAACUUUUGACGACAAGCCAAAGGAGUGCGAGCAUGAGGUUGGAGCCACAGGUGUUGUAGGAUGAAGAGCCCGGCGCACCGCACCAGGGACAUCGAGCGGCAAGCUGGCUACCUGAAGCCCGAGCACUGUGCCCCUCCUCCGCCUCGCACCGGCUCUGACACCAUGUGGUUUAUCCGCGACGGCUGCGGCAUCGUGUGCGGCAUCAUCACCUGGCUCCUGGUCUUCUACGCCGAGUUUGUGGUGGUGUUCGUCAUGCUGCUCCCUGCCAAGAAUGUGGUCUACAGCCUCUUCAACGGGGUGCUCUUUAACGGCUUGGCCUUCCUCGCCCUCGCUUCUCACGCCAAGGCGAUGUGCACAGACCCGGGAGCCGUGCCCAAAGGGAACGCGACCAAAGAAUUCAUCGAAAGCCUCCAGCUCAAACCUGGACAGGUGGUGUACAAAUGCCCCAAGUGCUGCAGCAUCAAGCCUGACAGAGCUCACCACUGCAGCGUGUGCAAACGCUGCAUCAAAAAGAUGGACCACCACUGUCCCUGGGUGAACAACUGCGUCGGAGAGAACAACCAGAAAUACUUUGUGCUCUUCACAAUGUAUAUUGCACUAAUAUCCUUCCAUGCGCUGGCCAUGGUGGCCUUCCAUUUUGUUUUCUGCUUUGAAGAAGACUGGACAAAGUGCAGUAACUUCUCUCCACCAGCAACCGUCAUCCUCCUCAUCCUCCUGUGCUUUGAGGGGCUUCUCUUCCUGAUCUUCACAGCAGUCAUGUUUGGGACCCAGGUCCACUCCAUCUGCACCGAUGAGACGGGUAUCGAGCAGCUGAAAAAGGAGGAGAGAAGAUGGGCCAAAAAGUCAAAAUGGAUGAAUUUGAAGGUGGUGUUUGGACAUCCGUUCUCUAUAGCCUGGCUGAGCCCCUUUGCAACACCUGACCACGGCAAGGCAGAUAUAUACCAGUACAUAGUGUGAAAGCAGAAAAACAAAGCUCAGCUCUGCUGCUGUGGACACAGACUGAUCGAUCCUGGUCUGCCUUCUUAUUUGGCUGGACCUCAAUGAGCAUGAACUCCUCUUAAUCACUUCUACGUUUUCUUUCGUUCUUGAAUAAUUGAUAUUCCAGGGUGUUCUGUUAUAAACUAUUACGUCGUUAAAACACGUUUAUUUUUUAAAACAUUGUCACCUUUUCAUUUUAUUGUUUCCCUUCUUGGUGCUGACUGAGAUUAGUGAGGUGUAGCUGUAUAAAGAAGCUCUCCAGAAAAAAAAACACACACACAAACUAAGCAGCGAUAACUUGACAUGAAGCACUUAAGAGUUGACAAAACAACACCAGAGACUGAACUCUUGCUUCUCCAGAUUAAAAUUUCCUGCUGUACUUCUGAUCAUUUCCUGCUUCCAAGACUGAACAAUGUGAAAUCAAACUGGAAAGCAGUGCAGUCCGGGUGUCAACACGGUCCCCUGAUUUCGUCUUCCUGUAAACAUUGUUGUGAUGCUGUCGCCUCUUCAUUUGCUGUAUUUUUUUUUUUUUUGUCAUUGCGAUAGUCUUUUGCUGAAUGCUGUGGAUGAUUUGCCUUAGAACAAUGCAUUAUUGGCAUCUGCUAGAAAGUCAUUUUGCCUUAAUGCGACAGUCAGGGUGAAAUAGGAUCACACUGGUUAAACUAUGUGAAAUGAGUUUGUUUUAUCCUUGAUGCCAAGUAAGUGGAUUUCUUCUGAUGGACUUUGUGUCUGCAGUAAACCCCACCUAUCUGGCACAAAGUUGAAAACAGUUUAAGUUUCUCUGUCGUCUAAAAUGGCCAUUAGCCAAGUCUCUACUCAAACCAGAGUGGGUUAGGGUUAGGGUUAGUCACUGUGAAGGACAUUACAAACCUGUAGGAUACAGAGCAGCAAUAACCCUCUGGUGGCCAGUUAAAGUUAUAAUCCUUAAGAUUUCAGUCUUGGUUGAUUUGUUGCCACUUGUUACCACAGUCACUACACAACAGCAGGUCAUAGGAAAAGGAGUUGGUCACCUUUCUAGGAGCUCACUGUGGCUGCUACUUCUUCUUCCAAAACUCCCUGCAAUAUUUAAGAUGGAUCUGCUUUCAAAAAAAAAAUGCCUGAAAAUGGCCUUUGUUUUAUUUUGUACAUGCUUCUUUGAAGAACAAACACGGUUAAGAUUGACUUUUAGUGACAAAUAACAGCGACAGUCAGAAAUGGUGGGUUUGCACUAGCAGUAAUUAAAUACAGUGUUAAGAGAACAAUUAGGCUGAUAUCAAUGAUUACAUGCUGCUGUGAAUCCAUCAAGCUUAGGAAGGCAAUUUGAAUCUAGCGCGUGAAUGGCGGACUCCACCGCUAACAAUGUAAGCUACUGUAUAGAGAGGUAAUUACCAAAUAUAAACACAUUGAGCAGCUAUUGCUACCAUAAAUAAUCUAAAAAAAAAAGGGAUUUGAUUUCUAGAAAUGUUUCAGGAUUACAACUUUAAAAUCACACAUUUGACAGCAGGUAAACAAAGUCUUGUUUCUAUUCCAAGAAGCAGAACAGCUUGUACGAUUAUUGAAAGUGACUUCAGUUUAAGAAUCCACCAGGCAGUUUAUCCAGUGUCCUCCUUUUGAUUGAGACCCAUGUGCAGUAAAUCUAUCUCUGCUUGAUAACCAUUUCCAUCACAGUCACCAGCUCAGAUGGAAAGUCAGGGAAUAAAGCAAUACGCAUUGCUCUCUCCGAAUGCACUGACCCUAAGUGUAAUUCACUCGCUCUAAAUUGAUGGAAUUUGCCUGUGGAUAAUCCAGUUAGUCAUAGAUCGUAGUUAUGAGCCUAACUGGAAGGGAGAAAAAGCCUUACAGGAUAAAAUGUUGAUGAAUAUUUAGGCCAGUGGAAAAUGUUCAAUGAGGCCUGAAAGACCACGCAGAAGAGUCACAUUUUAAUUGUCACAGCUGCAGACAAUACAAGGCCAACUCAGCGUAAAAAAGCAAAUACAGAAAAGGUUUUCUGUGUAUUGACUAACUGCCAAUUUGACCUUAGUUAAUAAGAAUUUGAUGCAAGUAGAAAAUAAUCCACUUCAAAGCAUUUAACCCUAAAAAUGCCUUUGCUCAAAUGUGUUGAAAAGCCUUACUGUAGUUAAAAACAUGCUUUUGAGUAUGACGGGAGGACUUGAAUGUACAUGUUGCCAAAUUGAGUGCUUUACAAAGGGAGGCAAUAAAAUAACCAUUUCAGUUUCAAUGAGUAGAGCAUUGUUAAGAGUCAACAGAAAUUUUUUGAAUAGUUUUAAAAUCACUGGAGUUUUUAAAAAAAUGUCAAAAUGUUACCAUUGUAUGGACAGGCAAAGGUUGCUAUCCAGUUUACACACACAGUUCACCAGCUUUUUUCUUCUUUUCUUGAAUUGUUCGAUAUGUUCUGUGUGGUCAGGUAUGAAUAUUAUUUGUACCACAAAAUGUUUCUUUUUUAUUGUUGUAUUUGUUUAAAGGGGGAUGAAAUAAAACAGUCUCUAUGUGAUACAA